GAUUACUUUCUGAACUUUCAGUGAAGGAACUCAAUUCGGCACAUACGCUUUCACUCGCUGGAGCUGCCGAUGUCCGUAGAUAUGGUCUGAAGUAGUUUGCGACGGAAUGCCGAGUUUGUUUCUGUGUACUGUCGUUUAUGCCUUAAGGACACAUGGAGACAAUAUGUAGUUGGAUUUACGGAGGUGGACUUUCUUAUUUCACUUGAGAAGAAGAGGACAGUGUUGCGCUUCUUGCAACUGCUUGUGUGGGAUAAACAUGGUCACACCGAUCCUGGCGCAUUUGCUAUCUUUUCUCCUUUUUUGUAAAAUUGUGCUUUGCCAAUACUCAAGCGACCAGUGCAGUUGGAGGGGCAGUGGACUGACCCACGAGGGCCAUGCCAGGGACGUGGAACAGGUGUACCUGCGAUGCUCCCAGGGUUCCCUGGAGUGGCUCUACCCCACGGGCGCCAUCAUCGUCAACCUGCGGCCCAACACGGCGUCGCCCGCCGCCACCCGCCUCUCCGUCUGCAUCAAGCCCCUGCAGGAGUCCAGCGGGACCAACAUCUACCUGGACCGAGCGGGCAAGCUGCGUCUGCUGCUCCACGAGCGGGACCAGAGCCAGGGCAAGGUGCACUGCUUCAGCAUCCAGGAGGGGGCGCUCUUCAUCGAGGCCAUCCCCCACGUGGACAUCAGCCGCAAGAUCACCGGCUUCCAGUACGAGCUGGUCAACGAGAGGCCGGGAGCCGAGCCGAGCUCUGUGGCUGCUCCCUGCCAGCCUUGCAGUGAUGCCGAGGUGCUCCUAGCAGUCUGCACCAGCGACUUUGUGGCGCGGGGCAGCAUCCGGAGGGUGGAGCGGGAGGACGAACAGUCCUCGGUCACCGUGGCGAUCAGCCGCCUGUACCGACAGAAGACCAAGGUGUUUGUGUCGGGCGGCGCGAGGGCGAGGAGCUGGGCCGGCCGGGUCAAGAUGCCCCUCCAGUGUGGGGUGAAGCCGGGCCCGGGCGACUUCCUCCUCACGGGGACCGUGAAGUUCGGGGAGGCCUGGUUGGGGUGUGCCCCGCGGUACAAAGACUUCCUCCGGCUGUACCUGGAGGCACAGAACCAGGGGACCAACCCCUGUCACGUGGACACGGACUGAGUUGUCGACCUGGCACGAUUCGGGAAAACGAGCCCCGGUUGAGCAGAAAGGAACACCUUGUCCCAAGUGCUGACUCUUACUGAGGAAAGAGCAGGGGGGGUUGUCGAACUGACAGAGUGACCCCCUUCUCCUGAUGUCUUAUUGCUCUGUGAGACAGAGGCUGGUGCUUGUCAGGGUUGCCAAGCAGCAUUGAGGUUGGACUCUGUUCUCCAAGCCAACCUUAACCCACUGAGGAAUGUCUGAAGACUGAAGACCUUUUUUCCUGGAGGAGGAACUCCUUAUGUCUAAUGUAGCAGAUUCUGUUUGGCCAAUGUGUAUAUAAUGUGAAAGAACAUUCUAAAAUGGAAGCUCCAAGUGCUUUGUAAAAAGCUUGAUGUACAGUUUUGAAGAUGUUUCUUAUGACAGAAAUGUAUAAAGUUAAAGCCUGCCUUUUAUUUGUGUUUUGAUCUUAAGAAAAUUAGAUGUGCAAUUUACCGUCUGAAUUCAUGUCCUCAGGCUGUUUAAUUGUGUAAAAGAUGUCUCUGCCUUUUUUUUUUUCAGCAAAUAAACGUGUAUUUUCUGGA